AUGUUGAAAACUAGAUUAAAACAAAGCAGGGCCAUAAGUCGGGUUGUAAGAAGAUAUGCAUGCUCACACCCCAUUUCUCCCAAUCUUGAUAAGUACCCAGUUGGUCUAAAAUUGCAUGGUUACGAAGUUACCCAAACAUCACCUAUCCCAGAAUUUUCCCUCACUGCUGUAUCAUUAAAACACACAGAGAGUGGUGCAACUCACUUACAUUUGGAUUCCCCUAAUGACAGUAAUAAUGUAUUUCUGAUUGCCUUCAAAACAAAUCCUCCAGAUAAUACUGGGGUUCCCCAUAUUUUAGAACAUACAACUUUGUGUGGUAGUAAAAAGUUUCCGGUCCGUGAUCCAUUUUUUAAAAUGACCAACAGGUCGUUGAGUAACUUUAUGAAUGCAAUGACAGGCCAUGAUUACACAUUUUAUCCAUUUGCUACCACCAAUUCAAAGGAUUUUGAAAACCUAAUGGAUGUGUAUUUAUCGUCAGUGUUUGAACCGCAAUUAAACCAUACCGAUUUCUUGCAAGAAGGAUGGAGAAUAGAAAAUCAAAAUGUUCAUGACAUAUCGUCCAAGCUUGAAUUCAAGGGAGUUGUAUAUAAUGAAAUGAAGGGCCAGUAUUCGAACUCUGCAUACUACUUUUAUAUCAAGUUCCUUGAGAGUAUAUAUCCAUCCUUGAAUAAUUCAGGGGGUGAUCCCAAGAAAAUUGUUGAUUUGCUGUACGAGGGUUUACUAGAGUUUCACCUGAAAAAUUAUCAUCCAUCAAAUGCAAAAACAUUUACUUAUGGAAAAUUACCAUUGGAAGACAGUUUAAGUAAAAUAAGCAAAUACUAUGAAUCAUUCGAAAAAAAGGUGUCUUCAGUUGACGUCAAACAACCUAUAUUUUCUACAGAUAAAUCAGAAAUCUUUGAUGUCACCAUCCCGGGUCCAGUUGAUACAAUGAAUGGUAAAGAGACUUCAGAACAGUACUGCACAUCUAUCACCUGGAACUUGGGUAAUCCAUUGGAUCCAAACAUGCAGUAUGAUAUUUUUAAAUGGAAAAUAUUGAGCUCAUUAUUGUUUGAUGGACACAACUCUCCUUUCUAUCAAGAGUUAAUUGAAAGUGGAUACGGUGACGAUUUUUCUGCAAAUACUGGGUUGGACUCAACCACCGCGUUGCUUUCGUUUACUGUUGGUCUCAACUACUUAACCAAGCAAAAAGUUGAUAAUUUUAAUGAAAAAGUUAUGGAAAUCAUUAAUAAUAAAAUCAUUCCCGAAUUAAGUAACGAAGAGUCCUCUUCAUAUCAUGGUAGAAUUGAUGCUAUAUUGCAUCAAAUAGAAAUAGGAUUCAAAAGACACAAGCCCGAUUUUGGAUUUGGAUUAUUGAGCUCUAUUGUUCCGUCAUGGGUGAAUGGAGUUGAUCCAAUUGACACCUUGCAAGUGGAAAAGAUAUUGUCGCAUUUUAAAGAAGAUUAUAAACAAAAUGGUUUAAGGAUCUUUAAAGAAUUAUUAGAAAAGACAUUGUGUAACCCUCAUUCGCAAAAAUUUAAAUUCACCAUGGAGCCAAGAGAAGAUUUUACCAAACAAUUGGUAAAAGAUGAGAAUUUGAUGAUCGAGAAAAGAGUAAGUGAACUCACAGAAGAUAACAAGAAGGCAAUCUAUGAGCAAAACUUGGAAUUAGCUAAAUUACAAUUGGAGGAUCAAAAUACAGAAGUUUUACCCACAUUGACUAUUGAUGACAUUCCAAAGAGAGGUGAUUUUUAUGCCAUUGAUUUGGGCCAAGUAAAUAAGAAAGUUGUACAUGAAAGGGUAGUUGAUACCAAUGGCUUGGUUUAUGCCAACGCUUUAAAAGAUAUUUCCUAUUUACCCACCAAACUUUACAAGUACCUUCCAUUGUUUAACAACUGUUUGACGAACCUUGCUGGAACAGAAAACACACCCAUUACGGAGUUGGAAACUAAAAUACAAAUGUUAACUGGCGGGAUAACAUUUAGUUCUAAAAUAUCGACUGACCCCUAUAAUAUUGAGCAACUAAAAUUACAGUAUGUGUUAAGUGGAAUGGCUUUGAAAGAAAAGUCAUCCUCAGUUUAUGAUUUAUGGUUGGAGAUUUUAACUACUACCAAAUUCGACACCAGUGAUGAGGUAUUAGAAAAGUUGUCAGUUUUGAUUAAAAACAUGGGACAAAACCAAAUCAAUAAUAUUGCUGAUCGCGGUCAUUCUUAUGCGGCUGCUGUGAGCUCACUGAAAUUGACACCGCUGAAAUACAUCAGUGACAUCGUUUCAGGUUUGAGUCAAGUUCAAUUUGUAAUGGAGUUGAACUCCAAAUUAGAAUCAGAAGGGAAAGAGUACUUGGCCAAAGAGAUUAUUCCGAUAUUGCAAGAAAUACAAAAGUAUGUAUUGCAAGGUGAAUUCAGGUAUAGACUAGUUGGAAAUCAAGAGAUUAUUGUUGAAAACGAAAAGCUUAUUGAGAAAUUUGAUAAGGAUAUUUCUUCGAACAGACCAACUUUAUCGUUAACAGUAACAGAUGGUUUACUGGCAUUGUUGAACUCAUUCAAUUACAAUCAUACAAGUGAAAAUGUCUUAGUUAACUUACCAUUUCAAGUGGGAUACUCUUCAUUAGGUAAGAUUGGCUCUUCGUAUUCAUCAAAGGAUGGUGCUUCUUUACAAAUAUUAUCUCAGUUAUAUUCCUUUAAAAAUCUACAUUCCAAAAUAAGAGAAAGCAAUGGUGCAUAUGGAGGUGGUUUGACAUAUGAUGGGUUGAACGGGACAUUAAACUUUUAUUCGUAUCGUGAUCCUAAUCCUGUUAAGUCGAUUCAAACUUUUAGAGAUUCCUUACUGUAUGGACUUGAUGCUAAUUGGAACGAUAAGGAUUUACAAGAGGCUAAGUUGCGGGUUUUCCAAAGCGUCGAUGCUCCAAUUAAUAUCUCUUCUCAGGGUGCUAGUGCCUUCUUUGAAAAUAUAGAUGAUUACUUGAGACAGGAAAGAAGAGAAAACUUUUUGGGUACCACUUUAAAGGAUCUCAGAGAUGUGACUGAAAAGUAUCUUGUUGAUAACCAAAACAACCUUGUCACUGUUAUUGGUGACAAUGAAAUUUUAAAUGUCGAUAAUAAAUGGCAAAUUAGAAAUUUUCAAGUAUAG